UUUUUAAAUAUAUUGAUUGAUUAUUUGUAUACAAGAAAAUAUAUGAGUUCUAACAAAGAUUCAAACAUUAGAAGAAGUACCAGGAUAUCUACGAAAAAGGGAAGACAAAUUAACUACAAAGAGAUCGAGGAAGGCAAGGAAUUCAGCCAGGACAAUGAUUCGGUUGAACAGGCUGCUCAAAGAAACUAUGAGGAAGAGAUUGUUUCGAAUUUUGCAAAGAGAGACGGAAAACUUUCCCAUCCAAAGAAAUCAUUGACUGCAUACACUCUAUUUGUCAAAGUUCAACGGAAAAAGCUACAAGAGGAAGAUCCUACAAAGACUACUCCAGAAUUAAUGAAAGAAAUCGGAAGAUUGUGGAAAAAUAUUACAGGCAGUGAAAAGGCUUGGUACCAAUCCAUGGCCGCAAAAGAUAAAGAGAGAUAUAAAAGAGAGAUGGAAGAGAUGCAACGUCUCAAAGAGCAGCAUAAAAUGAACGAUAAUGAACUAAAAAGACCCAAGAAAUGACUCUCUAGCUACAUGAUCUUUGUAAGAGAGGUCAGAACCAGAGUAACUCAAGAAUUCCCUGAUAUGAAUGCUCUGGACGUUAUGAAAGAGGUUGGAAGAAGGUGGCAAAAUAUCACUCCUGAAGACAAGAACCAUUAUCAAGAACUUGCUAAUAGAGAUAAAGAAAGAUUCAAAAGAGAGAACCAGCAGUAUCUAAAAGAACUUGAUCAGCUGAAUAGUAAGCUCAAAGCACAAAAUAAAACUCAAAAUCAAGAUUUUCAGAAGGGCAAUCCCAGCUCUCUGAGUGGAGGGAAAAGAAAUAGGAAUAGUAGCAAGGCCUCUUAUGAUCCUACGAAUGCAUUCCAAUACUUCAGUAAGGAGGCUGAAGAAAGGAUUAGAAGAGAAAAUCCCACCAUGUCACAAGGAAAUAUCCUAAAACAAGUCAGUCAGCAGUGGAACCAGAUGAGCAACAAAGAGAGAGAAUUUUAUGAAAAAGCAGUUUUUGGUGAGAAACAAGUAGCUAAAACUAAAAAUAAAAGGGCUAAAACCUCAGAAGCAGCUGAGGUUAAGGCUCAGACAUUUGAAGAAGAGCAUGACUCUUUUAAAGAGCAAAGAAGCUUUGGAGAUUAUCAACAAGAAUUUCGGACUGAUAAAGAACAAAUGGGCUAUCCUGAUAGAGAAAAGAAAUCUUCUCAACAACAGAAAAUAAAGAGUAAGCCAAGAGAUUACAAUCAAAAUAUGAGUGGUUCUCCUCACCAAGAUGGGUCUAUUAGAUUUAAUUUGCCAGAAUCAAGACCAAUGGGUUUUAAUCAGCCUUCUCCAAAUCCAUUACCUCCCAGAAAGGAUAUGGGUUUUGCAAAUAAUAUGGGUCCAUACCAAGAAGGGGGAAAUGCCUCCACUGAUAUUUCUCAAUCAAAUGCAUACAACAAUAUGAAUAGAAAUCCUACCUUCUCUCCGAUGCCAUUUAUUCCGAAUCGGAGCCCUGGUGUAAGUCCCAAUAUGGUUCCUAUGUACAGCCCUAUGGUGCCUCGGAAUGACAACAUGAGAGAUCCUUCUGGAAUGAAUAUGUAUAAUAUGAACAGGAAUUUUACUGCUAUGGGACAAACUUUAUCAACACCUGUAAAUAAAAAUGAUAUGGGAUACACUGACUUCUACCAAGUGAGCGCUUCCCCAUCAGGAUACACCCCAAUGAGGACAAAUUUAGCUAGAUUUAAUCCUGGAUUCUCUCCUAGCCAACAGCCAGAUACUUCUUCGAUAUUUGGGCCAAGUCCUAAUAUGAUGCCUGGUAUGUCAUUCCCAGCUUAUCCUGUUGGAAAGACUCCAGUGAACCAAUACGGAAAUAACAAGCAGAUGUUUGCAGCUCCUAAGCCGAUGAACCCACCCAUGGGACAGAGAAAUGACAUGCAAAGAAAUAUGAAAAGGGAUGAAGGGAACAUAUUUGACCUAAACCCCUUUGGAGGAUAGUACUGUAAGCUCUAUAUUCCUAUGCUCAAGUAUUAAAUACCCAGUUUCAUUUGU